GUCGUGUUGUGUUCACGGUACCUUGACACGGUGUCCGAAACUGGAGAAUCCAGCGGGGUGAAUGUGGCAUUCACGACGCGGAGGGAAAAGCCGGAGGAAGCUUGGCUGCCAAGUGACGCAUAAAGUACUGAAGUCCUGAAAAUACUCAUCACUCUUAUGUUCAUUUUGCGCGGGGCUGAAAGUAUAAUCUAAUACUCCUGGAAGAUAAAACUCUUGGAAUAAUAAUAAAAAAAAACUCAAAGAAAUUCGGUUUUCCUGGAAUAUCGACACCAGGAAUACGUUGCCAGCUCCUCGGAGGCUUCCCACAAACUGCCACCGUGGUCCGUUAACAUUCAGGGGUUGAAAAGUUUCUGGCAUACCUGACUAAGAGAGGCUCUGAGUCCCGACCGCAGUGGCUCUACAAGCCUCCAACCCCCCUGGCUGACCCUGGAAAGAACAUCUCCCCCAAAAUAAAAGCUGAGAAGAAGAGAAGUCUGAGCAGGAAAUUAACCAACAGAGGAGUUUUUCAAUCUCCCCGGGCUCAGAGGAAAUAUCCCUGAGAGGAUUUGUUCUAAGGUUUGUGUCUCGGGCCGUCUCCCGUCAGCUGAGCGUCAGAGAGAGGAAGCGGAGAGUCUCACCUGAGGCAGGUCCAUGUCUCCGGCGCUCAGCAUGAGGCUCUGAGGAGGCGGCGGGAUUUUAAAUAAAGCUGUUUCAAACACACGGAGGCGGGAGCAUGGGGAAGGAGCAGGACCUGCUGCAGGCGGUGAAGAGCGGAGACCUGCUGUCCACUCAGAAACUGCUGUCCAAACUCAAGACCAACAGGAACAAGUUGCUGGGCUCCACCAAGAGGCUGAAUGUGAACUACCAGGACUCAGAUGGGUUUUCGGCCCUGCACCACGCUGCUCUCACAGGGACCACGGAGCUGCUGUCUGCACUGCUGGAGGCUCAGGCCACGGUGGACAUCAAGGACAGCAAUGGAAUGCGUCCGCUGCAUUACGCUGCCUGGCAGGGAAAAUCCGAAUCUGUCCUGAUGCUGCUUCGCUCCGGAGCCUCGGUCAACGGGGUCUCCCUGGACGGACACAUCCCUCUGCACCUGGCUGCUCAGUACGGACACUACGAAGUGUCUGAGAUGCUGCUGCAGCACCAGUCCAACCCCUGUCUGGUCAACAAGGCCAAGAAGACCCCUCUGGACCUGGCCUGCGAGUUCGGACGAGUCAAGGUGGCCCAGCUGUUGCUGAGCAGCAACAUGGUGGUGGCGCUGCUGGAAGGAGAGAGGAAGGAGCCGACGGACUCGGCCUUCACCACCCCGCUGCACCUCGCCGCCCGCAACGGACAUAAAGACAUCAUACGGCUGCUGCUGAAGGCUGGCAUCGACAUCAACAAGACCACCAAGUCCGGAACGGCUCUGCACGAAGCUUCUCUGUACGGAAAAACAGAAGUGGUCCGACUGCUGCUGGACGCCGGAGUGGACGUGAACAUCCGAAACACCUACAACCAGACGGCGCUGGACAUCGUCAACCAGUUCACCACCUCGCACGCCAGCAAGGACAUCAAGCAGCUGCUCCGAGAUGCGACGGGGGUUUUGCAGGUCCGAGCUCUGAAGGACUACUGGAACCUCCACGAUCCCACUGCCCUCAACAUCCGGGCCGGAGACAUCAUCAUGGUGCUGGAGCAGCACAUGGACGGACGCUGGAAGGGCCACAUCCACGACAGCCCGAGAGGGACGGACCGAGUCGGCUUCUUCCCUCCGUCCAUCGUGGAGGUCAUCAGCAGACGAAACGGGGGCACCCUGUCCCGGCACGCCUCUCUGCCCACCCAGCGUCAGCAGCUGCUCUCCAGAGCCCCCCUCUCCUCCAGCCUCAGCUCCGCCCCUCAGACCGACGACUCCUACACUCUGUACGCCCCCCCCACCCACGUGGUGCUGCCGCUAGCCAACGGCCUCACGACCAACACAGCUGGAGACAGGAACAGCGUCGGCAGCACUGGCAGCGUGGGCAGCACCCGCAGCGCCGGGAGCGGACAGAGCACCGAGAGCAACAGCGCGCCCAACGGACUCCAACACCACGCCGGUCACCAUGACAACGCCAACAAGACAGCGCCCUCUGCUGCUGAGACUGGACACUCAGACCUCAGCAAACAGCCUGAUCAUCCUGGAGGUGGGACUCCUCGCAGGCAGACGGUGAUGGUGCAGAGACCUGCGGAGCAAAGCUUCUCCCAGCAGUUUGUUCGUCCUCAGCAGCUGCUGGAGGGGAAGGAUGCAGAGGCCAUCUAUCAGUGGCUGAGCGAGUUCCAGCUGGAGCAGUACAUCGGAAACUUCAUUAGCGCCGGUUAUGAUGUACCGACCAUCAGCAGGAUGACCCCUGAGGAUCUGACUGCCAUCGGAGUGACCAAACCAGGCCACCGGAAGAAAAUCUCCAUCGAGAUCAACAACCUCAACAUCCCCGAGUGGCUGCCUGAAUACAUCCCAUCUGAUCUGGGCGAGUGGCUCAGUGCCAUCGGCCUCCCGCAGUACCACAAAAAACUCUCUGAAAACGGCUACGACUCCAUCAGCAUCGUCAAAGACCUGACAUGGGAGGAUCUGCAGGAGAUUGGCAUCACCAAGCUGGGGCACCAGAAGAAGCUGAUGUUGGCGGUGAAGAAGCUAUCGGACAUCCAGAGGGCGAUCCUUCAGGCUGAAUCGGGCCAGGGCACGCUGCGACGCAAAGGCCCCGGAGCACUCCACCUGGUCGCCAUCGAGCCGCCCGACUCUGCGGGUGAAUGCUCCUCUCCUCACACCCCAAAGAUGCUGACCUUCCAGGACAGCGAGCUGAGUGCCGAACUGCAGACAGCCAUGUCCAGCCACUAUGGAGGCUGCGAGGAAGGUUUGGCCAUCAAGAACGCAGUGGGAAUGUCCCAGAGCCAGGAGAGCAUCGACACCCGGUCCAGAGGCUCCGGUCGCUCCCAGGAGGCACCUACGGCUUCCGUCACCCCCCACAGCUGGUCCCAGGAGAGCCUGGACGGCAGUCCCGCCAAGGAGAGGAACCUCCCCGAGGGCUGGGACCAGAGGCCUCUGCAGCAGCAGCCCCUGCCCAAGCAGGUGCCUCUGGGCACGGCCACUGUGUUCAAGUACCCGGCCAUCCCAGCCAAGCCCAAACUGUCCGGAUCUGCUGGCCCCUCCCCUCAUGGCUCGCCGGCACUGAAGGGUUUCAGCUACCUGCAUUCCCAUUGUGGCUCCACGGACCUUAGCUCGUCUCCCAGGCCUGAGGACCACACCAUGACCCUGACACCGCCCAAGAAGCGCACCCAGAGCAUGACCCGCUACGCUCUGUCGGACGGAGAGCCGGAUGACGACGACGAGGAACCCGCGCUUCCUUCCGGAAACCUGCCGUCCUACGCCACCCUAACCCGCAAGCCGGGCCGCAGCCAGCUGGCCCGGUUACAGUCGAGUCCAGAAAAGAACGGCAGCGUGGGGCGCAGUCAGUCGUUUGCCGUGCGUGCCCGGAAAAAAGGUCCCCCUCCUCCCCCGCCAAAGAGACUGAGUUCAGUGAGCAGCACCGCCAGCGGGGAGCUGAGCGACAGCAGCACAACGUCGUCUGCAGACAGGGUAGCGACUGGCAGUCCGGGGAGCGUGAGGAGCAUCGCCGCCUCUCUGGAAGGAAGCACAGAUGGGAAGAACCCCCUGGGACCAAAACCAGACCUUGUCCACCAGGAACCGCCUCCCCCCUCCCUCAUCUCUGCGGGGCAGGAACCUAGAGAGGCUGCAGGGGUGAGGAGGAGGGUGCAGAGCGAGUGUAUUCCCACCCAGACCAGGACCGAGCCGGAGCCGGACCGAGGGGUGAAGUCGGACUCAGAGGAGGAAGAAUCAAAAGGUCACGGACUGGAGGGCUCCUCAUCCCCUCAGAACAGCUCCAGCGAGUGCAUCCCCUUCGCAGAGGAGGGAAACCUGACCAUCAAACAGAGGCCCAAAGCUCCGGGGCCUCCCAGGGCCGAGGCUGUGCUGGAGCCCCCAGAGAAACCAGCAGCCAAGAACCCGGAGGUGCCCGAGUUUAAUCUGAAGGAGUCAGACACGGUGAAGCGCCGACACAAACCCAAAGACAAGGAGCAGGGAGGAGGCUCCCCCAGCAGAGAGGGAGCAGGGGCAUCCGGGUCGGAGUCCGGCAGCAGCAGGCCUCCAUCCCAGAGCCAGGAGGAGGUCAGUCUGACGAUCAGUGAGGUUGGUCUGGAGAGGCCAGCCAGUCCAGCUACAGGGUCCCCCGUCAAACCUCCGCUCUCCCCAAAACCUCCUGCUAUUGCCCCAAAACCUGUCCGCCACAGUCUACUGGCUGCACAAGCUGGACUCUCCCCUCCAGCAGUGACUGUCAGUGGGGUUCAAAGUGUGGCCUUUGCUUCUCCGUCCUCUCCGGCCCAUGGGCCCCCGUCUCCGGCUCUGGCUCAGGCUCAGGCUCCGGUUCCGGCUCCGGCUCCAGCUCUGGCCCCAGCCUCCGCCCCGCAGAGUCCCUCUUUGUCAGCAGCGAGGACUCAAGUAUGUUUGGUGGGCCCGGGUCUCGUCCCCGAGUCGCCCGGUGGGACUGAGGUGGUUCAGCAGAGACUGGAUCAGACCAGCACGUCUCUGGAAGCAGCUCUGAAGGCCGUUGAGAGAAAACUGAACCUGGAGGACAACUCAGAUGGCGGCGCAAACACCGUGAAGUCUGCAGGGACCAUCCUGGACGACAUCGGCAACAUGUUCGACGACCUGGCCGACCAGCUGGACGCGAUGUUGGACUGAAGACUUUUCGUAAAUCCCCCAAAAUAAACGAAAUAUCCCCCUUCAACCUCAGGAAGUGAAACACAGCAAGAGAAAAGGGGGGGAAGGAGGGAUGACGGAGGGGAUCCCCCGGCGGUGUUUUACCCCCCCCGACUCUGAACUGCAGAGUUAAGACAGUCAGAGGAGGAGCAGUCAAAUACUUGUUUCUCGGUGUGAACACCAGCACUUAUUCGCCACUGUGCUUCCUCGACGAGACUCACAUUUGGAGCAGAAAACUGCCGAGUCUGGUUUCUGUGUGGACGGAUCUCCUUUGACUCAGUUCAGCACAAACCUUUUUAACCCUCAUGUCGUCGUGUCUUAUCAACCACGAACCAAACAAAGAGACAAACGCUGGACCAGUGGCAUAUUAUCAGCCAAAUGUGAGGAGAAAUCCUGAGCACAUUAUCACCAUUAUUGUUAAACACUAAUGUUGUAACAUGAAGUUUUAUCUUUUUUGACAUUAUAGAGAGCUGAAGCCCUGACAUCACUUCCUGUCUAGUUUCUGUUCCAGCAGCACAUUCUGAGAUAAAUGAGGAUUUAAUACAGACCUUUUAGUAGAAGUUCAAAGUAUCACUGGACUCCGCAGUUUCCCCUUAGCUCUACGCAGCUUUUUAGCCUCUUUUAGCUCCAUGUUUUGGUUUCCUGCCUGGUUCAGUCUCAGCUCUUUUCAGAGAGAGAGCCGUAGAAAGCCACUGUCCGCUACCUGCGCAGCAGCAAACAGUAGACAGACGCAGUCAGAGACCAGCUGGUGAACACGGUGGAGCAUUUAGCAGCUAAAGAGCCAGAGGUUUCCCUCAGGAGCCGGUGGAGACCAAAACCAGAGUUAAAAGAGAGGGAGUACCGGACUUAAAUUAUUUCAUUCUCAUCAUUAUUUCAAAGUUGAAACAGACUGAAAGCAGUUAUUGCAGGUUUCUCAAAGUUGGACAGAUAUUUUGUUCAAAAACCUGCAGGUCCUAUGAGUUGACUCUAGAUAUUUUGUUCACUGCUUUGAGUGGGUGGCAGAGACAGUCCAGUACCUUUUUAUAUUUGGAAUCAGCUGCGACAGGCCGUGUCAAACAUCUGUUUAUUCAUCUGUAUUGUUUUUCAGUGCUGUUGACAGGCGUAUUGUUUAACGGCUGCACAGAGCUGUGAGAUUAGAUCAGCGCAACCGAAAUGGAGUGAAAACUCACUGUGAACAGACCCGUUCUACGAUAGGAUGUAGUGUUCGUUAACACUGACAUUUUAAAUAAACAACUAUAUUAAACUGUUUUUUUUUUUUUUUUUUUAAAAAACACUUACCAUCCUAAUCUAGACACGCAGAGUGAAACACUCAACAAACUCUAAGUUCAUGUUUAAAGGCUGAAUUUUUUAAUCAUUUGUGUUGUUAAUUCAGUUCUCUUACUAGUGGAACAGAACUUGGACGGUCCAGUUUCACUUCGGCUCUCUAUUCACCAUGUCUGGCCAUUUCAGAUUAUACAUAUGUAAUAUUUAAAAAAAAAAAAAUCUAUUUUAUAUCAAGUGAUCUUAACCAUGUGUCGUUAAUCUUCCACCCGGCUCAGCGCCAGUAUGUUUGUGUCCUUAAAUAAUGACCUUUUCUACAAAUGUGUGUGUGUGUUUGUGAAGCUCCGGAAACCUGUAAAAGUGCUCAUUAAUGCUGUUUAUACAAAGGGAAGAGAAGCAUGUCCAGCUCAUUUCACAUAUGGAGUCAGUCUUUGUGUGUACAGUGGAAGACGGCAUGUCACAUGUCAGUUAUAUACAUACUAUUUUUUGAUAUUCAUUUUAGCCAAAUUAGUAUUUAAAUUAGAGUUAUCUAAAUGUCUAUAUUGUACACUAGGGGUAUAUACAGGAGCAGAUAUUCAACCAAAGGUCUCUGUACAGAUUCUCCUCAGAUAUUUUCACAAACUUUUCCUUUAAAGAAAACACAGAAUCCUGAGCUGUUACCCUCCUUGUUAUUGUAAGAUGUUUAUGAAAUGUUAUUUUCGUGUCCAGCCUGCAGUUUCCAUGUUUAGCAUGCCGUAGCUCUAUCUGAACAUGUUUUCAUUUGUGAAAAAGAUGGCUGAACCCCGGUGUGUCUGGUUUCGUCCUGCGAUCGUGUGGUCAUGUGACCUCUGUGUGAAUGACAUGCUCUGUGUUGGAUCUUCUUUAUCUCUGAGUCUCAGGAAAACCCCCCUUGAAUGACUUUUCUAUGCCACAUUGGAAAAAACAAACCGGAACACAGAGAAUCUAAUAAACAGAUAUUUCAUCGCUGGGCAGAAUCAACCUGACGACGCUGAAUCCAAAUCAUUACCACUAGUUUCCAUGUGGCGGUGAGGAUAUAGGAAAUAGGUAUACAUCCACCUGUAACAGUGUGUUUGAGUAAAUAAGUAAGUGAGUAAAACUUCAUUUAUAGAGCAUUCCCAAAACCAGGGUUACAAAGUGUUUUACAGUAGCAAAGAAAUAAAAAAAAGAAAAGGAUGAGAAUAAUUUGGGGCAAAGCAGCAGAUCUUUAAAAGAGAUUGUAAAAUUUCGAAGGGUCUGAUUUGGGGCAAAGACAAGAAAUAGACAAGAACAGUUUAACUGCAAAAACUCUGAAACAUCCAGGCCCUGCCCCCUUAAGACGAUUCCCAGAAAUGUACGACUAGUGGCCGUGAAAACCAGUUAAUAUUCCCCCCUUAGUACAAACUCAAAACCUCCUGCAUGUGUCCGUGUUGUCUUGAUAAAUUCAGCGUAGAGUCCAUUUCCAAAAGAUCGUCAGUGCAAAAGUCAGGUCAGGUGUGAAUGAAUUUAAGCUCCCAUAAAUGACACUUCCUCCAGGAGUUUCACAUUAAAAGUCGUGCAGGCCUGUCUUUAUAGGUAUGCUUUUAAUGUGACUAAACGUCAGGAAGUUGUGUUGAUGGCAGCUUGACGUGGAUCAGGAGCCCAGCAAAGGAGAAAUUUCUGGAAUUAAAGUAUGAAAACCUCUUUUUUUUCUCUGUGGAAAAUAGAAAAACUGUUCUCAGCAGAGCAGUGAGUAUGACACGACUCCGUUGUUGUACUGAUGAAUUAUUGCUGUGGACGGGGACAAUAUAGUGAAUUUACCACGCGAGCUGUUACAGUGGGCUACAGGUAAUCCCGGCCCCCUUAAUGUGUUUUUAACCCGGUCUUUACUAGCCAUUUGUUCGUGUUGCCCCCCCAGCUAUUAUCUGAGACUGCGCCUUAUUUCAAUUUUCAGUUUUUGUAUGAGAACUUGUACGUAAAGUAGUCAGAUUUGAAAGUUCCUGGACGUCAUCAGCGCAGCAAGAGACACAGCCAAACUUACGGAUAAUGUUCUGCGAAGAGAGAACCCAGAGGACCCAGGAUCGAUCCCUGAGGAACUCCACUGUCCAAAGAAACACAGUCCGACGCUUUGUCAUCAAUGGACAGAAAUAAAUAGAAAAAUAACUCUUGAUCAGAUAAAGAGAAGGAAAACAAUUCAGCUGCUAUGUCAUUCUAUCAUGGGAUUUCUCUGAUUUCUUCUUAAGUAGCUGUUUUAAAUAAUUCACACACAGCGGCCGUUGGUCAAGGACUGGUAGCAGCUUCAGGCGAACUAGUCUGCACUGACACACCUGUGAUGAGGAGUGUGUGUCACGAGUUUUACAGCCUCCGCGUUGCACAAAUGUGAAGUUUGUGUUCAAAUUUUCUUCCCUUUUUCUUCCCGCCGGGGUGGAAAAAACCUCGGACGCGGACCGAGACUGAAACUCAGAGAGCCAUUGAAAUACUAGUAACGAAAAACAGCAUCUGAUCAGAAAGAGCCUCCAAAGACAGUCAGCGUGUGUGAGUGUGUGUGUGUGUGUGUGUGUGUGUGUGUGUGUGUGUGUGUGUGUACUGUUUUGAUGUUUCCUGUCGUUCUGCUCCUCUGUCCUCUCGCCUGUAUCGUCUGUUUAACCAUUAAAUACCUAUAAUGUU